AUGUCAGAGGAGCCAGUUGUUGUGAGAUACGGCAGGGGUGCCAGAGAGGUAGAGAGUUUGUUUUCUAAAUGGGUUGUGGACAUUCCAGGCCUACAACUGAUCAUGGCUAUUCUGCCCGAGAGAGACAAACAAAUCUAUCCGGAGAUAAAACGUGUCGGAGACAAUGUCAUUGGAAUUCCAACGCAGUGUGUUCAGUCAAAACACGUAAACCGUACCAACCCCCAGGUUUGCGCCAACAUUGCGUUGAAGAUUAACUCCAAACUUGGUGGAAUUAAUCAUGUUAUAGAUCCAGGUGUAAAGUCGCCUGUUUUCAGAGAACCUGUUAUUAUCUUUGGCGCCGACGUCACCCACCCCUCCCCGACUGAAAAUGGAAUUCCUUCCAUUGCUGCUGUUGUAGCGAGCAUGGACGCUAAUGCCACUAAGUACUGUGCACGAGUGCGAGCACAGAACCACAAGAGUGUCUUCUAUUCAUCUUUGAACGUGUGA